CCAGCCCUUGUGUGGGACUCCAUUUUCCCAGCCCCAAAGUCUCCAAGGAAGGGGCUGUGGGAGCAGACAUCCAAGAUGGAAUAGAGCCGAUUCUUUCUUCGACGCUGCCCUUGUGUCGCUCGGUGCCAAAUUAGGAUAUACGUCUUUUUUUGGUGUGGGUCUGCGUGUGUGUGUGGACGAUUUGCCUUGUGGUUGGCCAAGAAUGGACGACCAAGGGAGGCUGAUCCAAGCCAGGGGGGCAGUGGGGCUCACAGGCCACCCUGCGGUCCAAGGAGUCCAGACCAUGACCCCCCACUCGCUCCACGAACCCCCCUCGGAUAACGGAGAGCCUCGGAAACAAGACAUUGGCGACAUCCUCCAACAGAUCAUGACCAUCACGGACCAAAGCUUGGACGAAGCGCAGGCAAAGAAACACGCUCUGAAUUGCCAUCGAAUGAAGCCAGCCCUGUUCACCGUCCUCUGUGAAAUCAAAGAAAAAACAGGUAUUGUUUGGACCAGGGUUUGGAGGGGGUGGCUAUUUCUUGGCUUGCCUUUCUUCUUUCAGUAUUUCAGUCUCAAUGGAGAAUCGUCUAAAGAGAAAAGGAAGGGGAUUGGGAGUGUUGGGGGGAGGAGAGAGAGAGAGAAGAGCGGGUGUUUCUCCUCAAGAGGUUUUGCCAGAGGCCUGUCGUCUCCGCGCCAUCUUGAAGCGUCUGGAAUUUCUUUUUCCUGCCUGCUCUGUUUUCUUUGUAGCUGCUGCUUCACCCCUUCGCCCUCCUUCUCUCUCUUUCUUUCCACGUCGCUUUUGUUUUAUUGCCGUGACCCUGCCUCUUGUUUUCACGCUAUCCCACUUGGAGGAGGGCCGCCAGAGGUCUCUGAUAAAAGUGCUCACCACUGUUCAGACUUGGAACUGUACUCCUUAAUCACAUGUUGGAGGUUAAGGAUUGAACUCUUCUUAGGUUUUGUUGAAGAACCUGCUGCUGCUAACGUCUUUGGUUGUGGGCAUGGCAGUUGGGCUGGACACCACGUCCUGAACAACCGUGCCCAUCUUGGCGAGCUUGUUGGGGUUGAAUGGGAGCGACUGAGAGGCCUGGAUCCAAGGGACAGCGAAUGCCUCCUUGAAGAACGAAAGAUUGGUGGUGCAAUCUUUAUUGAAUAA